CUAAGCUAAGAAUACUCCCAAUCCCAUAGUGGGUAGUUGUUACAUCGGAAGCUACUUUUCCCGCCCCAACUUUAGUUGUUUCAUUUCCGACAAUGUGCAAAAACUAUAAAUUAACUUACAAAAAGAACCAACAUUCAAAAAAGAAACCCAGAAAACCAGUUAAAUUACCUGUCUCCUUUUUUUUCCUCUCACUACCUUUCUCUCUCUUCUCUUCUCUAAAUGAUCCCCAUUAAAAACCUUAUGAUAAACAACAAAGACAAAAUCCAUCCAUUCUUUUCUUGUUUAAAGAGAAACCUAUAAAGCAGAAAAAGAAAAAUAAAGCAGCACUUUGGAUUCAUUACCCCACUUCUCACACAAAGUAUCUGAAUCUCUUUUCAUUUUCCCUAAAUCAAAAAUAAUGUGCGCUUUUUUGUUCACAAUUUCUUCCUUUGGUUACAAGGAAGAAGAAGAAGAGAGGAAGGAAAAACUAGAGAUCUACGGUGGCGGUGGCGGAUGGAGAUGGCGAGUUCUAGUGGGAGUAAGAAUGAAUUUGGAUUACAGAGACCGCCAUCGAGGCGGAUGACUCGAACUCCAACAAUGAUUGAUCCGACGAAAGAUGAGAGUGUUCCAAUUGAUAGUGAGCUUGUUCCGUCUUCGCUUGCUGUCAUUGCUCCUAUACUUAGGGUUGCUAAUGAAGUUGAGAAGGAAAAUCCUAGGGUUGCUUAUUUAUGUCGCUUUCAUGCAUUUGAGAAGGCUCACAAGAUGGACCCAACAUCAAGUGGGCGAGGUGUUCGUCAGUUCAAGACGUAUCUGUUGCAUAGACUUGAGAAGGAGGAGGCAGAAACUCGCCCUGUACUAGCUAAAAGUGAUCCAAGAGAAAUUCAGAAGUUCUAUCAGAACUUCUGUGAGAAGAACAUUAGACUGGGUCAACACACGAAAACACCGGAAGAAAUGGCCAAGAUUUAUCAAAUAGCAACUGUUCUGUAUGAUGUUCUGAGGACGGUAGUACCCUAUGCAAAAGUUGAUGAAGAGACAGAAAAUUAUGCCAAGGAAGUGGAAAGGAACAGAGAGCAAUAUGAGCAUUAUAAUAUUCUUCCCUUGUUUGCUGUUGGUGUUAAACCAGCAAUCAUGGAACUUCCUGAGAUAAAAGCUGCAAUCCGGGCCAUACGUACUUUGGAAAAUCUUCCCAUGCCUCGAGUUUCACCAGCACCGAUUACUCAAGAUGAUAAUGUUAUUAUGCCGGAGUACAGGGACAAAUCUAUAAAUGAUAUGCUUGAUUGGCUAGCCUCCAUCUUUGGUUUUCAGAAAGGAAAUGUCGCAAAUCAGAGGGAGCACUUGAUAUUGAUACUUGCAAACAUGGAUGUAAGGAUUAGGAGGUCUGAGGAGUAUGAAGUGCUUGACUUUCAAACUAUCCACCAGCUGAAAGAGAAGAUUUUUAAAAAUUACGAAAGAUGGUGCGAUUACAUUCAUUGCAAAUCCAAUCUCAAGUUUCCUCCAGGUGCUGACCUACAGCAAUUGGAGCUUUUGUAUAUUGCACUUUAUCUCCUUAUCUGGGGUGAAGCUUCAAAUGUUCGCUUCAUGCCUGAAUGCUUAUGCUACAUCUUCCAUAAUAUGGCUAGUGAAAUUCAUGGAAUUUUGUAUAGCAAUGUACAUCCAAUCACUGGAGAUACUUACCAAUCUACGAGGCAUGGCGAUGAAUCAUUUCUAAAGGAAGUUAUAGCUCCAAUAUAUGAUGUUGUGCGUAAGGAAGCAAGAAGAAACAAAGGAGGCAAGGCAAGCCACUCAGCCUGGAGAAAUUAUGAUGAUCUGAAUGAAUACUUUUGGUCUCAGAAAUGUUUCAAAUUAGGGUGGCCCAUGGAUCGCAAUGCUGACUUUUUUGUACAUACAGAUGAGACGCGGCCUUCAAGCACGAGGCAUGAUCAAGUUGCUAUUGGAAAGAGGAAGCCUAAGACAAAUUUUGUUGAAAUGCGUACGUUUUGGCACCUUUUUAGAAGUUUCGACCGGAUGUGGAUACUAUUCUUACUUGCUUUCCAGACAAUGGUAAUUGUUGCGUGGAGUCCUUCUGGUUCAAUUACCUCAAUAUUCGAUCCGGAUGUAUUCGAAAGUGUUUUGAGCAUAUUCAUAACAGCUGCUUUCCUCAAUUUCUUGGGAGCGACCCUGGAUAUUUUUCUCAGUUGGAAGGCUUGGGGGAGCUUGAAAUUUCAUCAAAUACUACGGUACUUCUUGAAAUUUGUUGUUGCAGCUAUGUGGGCAAUAGUGUUGCCCAUAGGCUAUACCAGCUUUGUGCAGAAUCCAGCAGGAAUUGUAAACUUCCUCACUAGCUGGGCAGGAGAUCUGAGGAGUCCUUUAUUUUUCAAGUUUGCCAUCGCCCUGUACAUGGCUCCGAAUAUUCUGGCUGCUUUGUUAUUUUUCUUUCCACCAAUAAGGAAAUUUGUGGAAAGGUCAAAUUCACGUAUCAUUAUCUUAAUUAUGUGGUGGGCUCAGCCAAAAUUGUAUAUAGGAAGAGGCAUGCAUGAAGACACAUUUUCUCUUUUGAAGUACACACUAUUCUGGAUCUUGUUGCUAAUGUGCAAGCUGUCAUUCAGCUUCUAUGUGGAGAUUUUGCCAUUAGUUGGGCCAACAAAGCUAAUAUGGCGGAUGAAAGUUGAUGACUACCAAUGGCAUGAAUUCUAUCCUAAUGCGACGCACAAUUUUGGUGUUAUAAUUGCUAUAUGGGCUCCAGUUGUUCUUGUCUAUCUUAUGGAUACUCAAAUAUGGUAUGCCAUAUUUUCUACCAUUGUUGGUGGCAUCCUUGGAGCUUUCAGCCACUUGGGUGAGAUACGCACUCUUGGGAUGUUGCGCUCCAGAUUUGAGUCAGUGCCUUUAGCUUUCAGGAAACGUCUCGUGCCACGGUUGAAAGGGGAAACUAAGCAGGGAUCAGCGGACGUUUUGGAGGCUCGGAAGAAUAUUGCGAAGUUCUCUCAAGUGUGGAAUGAAUUCAUACAUUCCUUGCGGCUAGAGGAUUUGAUCAGCCACAGGGAGAGAGAUCUACUACUUGUACCGUACACUUCAAGUAAGGUUUCAGUUGUCCAGUGGCCUCCAUUUCUUCUUGCCAGCAAGAUACCAAUAGCGCUAGAUAUGGCAAAAGACUUUAAGAAAAAACACGAUUCUGAGUUGUUUAACAAGAUAAAGGAUGAUGACUACAUGUAUUCAGCAGUGAUUGAAUGUUACGAGACCCUUAGGGAAAUUCUCUUUGAGCUUUUGGAAGAUAAAGAUGAUAAACUUGCAAUUAAACAAAUAUGUGAAAAAAUAGAAACUAGCAUACAGCAGCAAAAAUUUUUAACCGAGUUUCGUAUGAACGGACUGCCUAUGCUCCAUGACAAGAUGGAGAAAUUCCUGAAAUUACUGUUGAGCGACAGUGAUUAUGAUGAUGAAGACCUUUACAAGUCCCAUAUUAUCAAUGUUCUCCAGGAUAUUGUGGAGAUCAUCACACAAGAUGUCAUGAGUGACGAGCAUGAUAUCCUGAAGAGACCUCAACUGCACCAUCAAAUUGAUGAUGAUGGCAAAAGAGAGCAAAGGUUUGAAAAGAUACACAUCUUUCUUCUACGUAAUAAAUCUUGGAGAGAAAAGGUUGUUCGGCUAUACGUGCUCUUGAGUGAGAAGGAGUCCGCAAUAAAUGUGCCUAUGAAUCUGGAAGCACGCCGGCGAAUGACAUUUUUUACCAACUCAUUAUUCAUGACCAUGCCAUCUGCUCCCUUUGUACGUAAUAUGCUUUCCUUUAGUGUUUUGACCCCUUAUUACAAAGAAGAUGUUCUGUAUUCAUGGGAGGAGCUUCAUGAGGAAAACGAGGAUGGUAUAUCAACAUUAUUCUAUCUGCAGAAGAUUUAUCCAGAUGAAUGGAGUAACUUUUAUGAAAGAAUAAAUGAUCCAAAACUAGGAUACGCUAGCAAAGAUAGCAAGGAGUUGACUCGUCACUGGGUAUCUUAUAGAGGGCAAACACUUUCUAGAACAGUUAGAGGAAUGAUGUAUUAUCGUCAGGCUUUGGACCUUCAAUGCUUCUUGGAAUAUGCAGAAGAUAAGGCUAUCUUUAGUGGCUACAGAACCAUUGAGAAAAGUGAAGCACAUAAGAAGAUUUUUGAUUAUUCUCAAGCACUCACUGACUUGAAGUUCACCUAUGUCGUCUCUUGUCAAGUCUAUGGUAAUCAGAAAAAAUCUAGUGAUGCUCGGGAUCGAAGCUGUGCCAAUAACAUUCUGAAUCUCAUGCUAACGUAUCCAUCCUUGCGCGUUGCGUACAUAGAUGAGAGAGAGGAGAAAGUGGAGGGAAAAUCUGAGAAGGUCUAUUAUUCUGUUCUUGUCAAAGGUGGUGACAAGCUGGAUGAGGAAAUAUAUCGCAUCAAGCUUCCUGGUCCACCAACAGAAAUUGGUGAAGGCAAGCCUGAGAACCAAAAUCAUGCCAUUAUUUUCACACGUGGAGAGGCCCUACAGACAAUAGACAUGAAUCAGGAUAAUUACUUUGAAGAAGCUUUUAAAAUGAGAAACGUUUUGCAAGAGUUUCAAAAGUCACGUCGUAAGCGUCGUAAACCUACAAUAUUAGGUUUGAGGGAGCAUAUCUUCACAGGAAGUGUUUCAUCUCUAGCAUGGUUCAUGUCCAAUCAGGAGACUAGCUUUGUAACUAUUGGUCAGCGAGUCCUUGCCAACCCUCUGAGGGUACGUUUCCAUUACGGUCAUCCUGAUAUAUUCGACAGAUUGUUUCACAUAACUAGGGGAGGACUCAGCAAAGCUUCAAAAAUCAUUAACCUGAGUGAGGACAUAUUUUCAGGUUUCAAUUCAACUUUGCGUGGAGGUUACAUCACACACCAUGAGUAUAUUCAAGUAGGGAAAGGACGUGAUGUGGGAAUGAAUCAAAUAUCCCUUUUUGAGGCUAAAGUUGCCAAUGGUAAUGGUGAGCAAACACUAAGCCGUGAUGUUUAUCGACUUGGCCGGCGAUUUGACUUUUACAGGAUGCUUUCAUUCUACUACACCACAGUGGGAUUCUAUUUUAGUAGCAUGGUUACUGUUCUGACUGCAUACAUAUUUUUGUAUGGACGACUAUACACGGUAUUGAGUGGGCUUGAGAAGUCGAUUAUUGAGAGUGCAACAAUUAAUCAAGCCAAGGCCCUUGAGCAGGCUCUAGCACCACAAAGUAUGUUUCAAAUUGGUGUACUUCUAGUACUACCAAUGAUCAUGGAAAUUGGCUUGGAAAGAGGCUUUCGUACAGCAAUAGGCGAUUUUAUAAUCAUGCAGCUUCAGCUGGCUUCUGUUUUCUUUACUUUCCAGCUAGGGACAAAGGCACAUUACUAUGGAAGAACUAUCUUACAUGGAGGUUCUAAGUAUCGAGCGACAGGGCGUGGUUUUGUUAUUUUCCAUGCAAAAUUUGCAGACAAUUACAGGCGGUACUCAAGAAGUCAUUUUGUGAAGGCUUUGGAGCUUUUUAUUCUUUUAAUAGUUUAUCAAGCCUAUGGGGAUUCAUACCGUAGCUCAAAUCUCUACCUAUUUGUUACAUGGUCCAUGUGGUUUCUUGUUGCAUCUUGGUUGUUUGCUCCUUUCAUCUUCAAUCCAUCUGGAUUUGACUGGCAAAAGACUGUAGAUGACUGGACAGACUGGAAAAGGUGGAUGGGGAAUCGUGGUGGAAUUGGUAUACAGACAGAUAAAAGCUGGGAAUCGUGGUGGGAUGGAGAACAAGAACAUCUGAAGCAUACAACUGUGAGGGGGAGAUUCUUGGAAAUAGUCCUCGCUUGCCGUUUCUUCCUUUACCAAUAUGGGAUUGUUUACCAUCUUGAUAUAUCUCAUGGCAGCAGGAGCUUCUUGGUCUAUGCACUAUCUUGGGUGGUCAUGGGUACUGCUCUUCUUGUCUUAAAGAUGGUUUCGAUGGGGAGGAGGAGAUUUGGUACUGAUUUUCAGCUGAUGUUUAGAAUUCUGAAGGGACUUCUAUUCCUUGGCUUUGUAUCAGUGAUGACAGUGCUGUUUGCGGUAUUUAACCUCACCAUAAAAGAUCUAUUUGCUUCUAUCCUGGCUUUCUUUCCCACUGGGUGGGCUAUGCUUCUAAUCGGACAAACAUGCAGGGGCUUGUUGAAAGGUAUAAAGUUCUGGGAAUCAAUUAAGGAGCUUGCCAGAGCCUAUGAAUAUGUGAUGGGACUGAUAAUCUUAACACCCAUAGCUGUAUUGUCAUGGUUCCCAUUCGUUUCCGAGUUCCAAACAAGGUUGCUAUUCAACCAAGCAUUUAGCAGAGGUCUGCAGAUUUCUAUGAUUCUUGCAGGGCGGAAAGAUCGUUCAGCCCCAAAUAUGCAAGGCCCAUAGGGUGAUUAAUAUGUAAUGGUUCUUUUAGUCUACAAGAAUUAUAUUUCUAUACUAUUGUAUUCUAGCUUACUUUCUGCAAUGUGAAUAUUAAGACUAGUCAUAUGUUCAGUGUCAGUAAGUCGCGCGACUCUCCUACUAAGAUUUAUUGGACAUAGAGCCUCGUCCAUCAGCACCCUGCACAUAACACAGAGACAGGCGGGAGAUGGGGGUGGGAAGGUGCAACCUUACUGGGGACUGGAGAGAGGUUUCUUCUACCUUCAUCAUGGGCAUAAAAACUAGUUCACUUGACUAGAGUGAAAUUGCAUAUUGGAGAUGUUACAAGGAAAUGAUAAUUGCAAAAGCAUCAAAGUUUGAAAUCAGAAUUAAUACCAACUGGGUGGGAAAUAUUCCAGUUUAUGACUAGUCUGGUUACAUAGGUUCUGUUUUAGUUAUCUUUUUUGCACCAUUCUCUUUGUUGUAAAAGAAUAAUAUUCUCAAUUUUGUGUAUAAAUUCAUAGGAGAUCUAGUAUUGAAGAAAUUAUUUAAUACUCUUGUUUA